AUGCUGGGUGAAGACCAGCUGGCAGCCCAACAUGCUGUGAUAAUGGUGGCUUUCAUCACCUACAUGUUCCCUCUAGGUAUUCAAGCUGCAGCAUGCGCCCGAGUGGGAAAUGCCCUCGGUGCGGGAGACACUGCCAGGGCCCUCCUCACCAGCAAGAUCUCUUUCGCUCUUGCAGCAAGCAUCGCAGUUGUGGAAGGUGUUGUGCUCGGCUCUACUAAAACAGUGAUUGGCUACAUCUUUACCUCUGAUGAGAAGAUCAUAGGUCUGGUUUCGCACUUGAUAAAUGCUUACUGUUUCCUUCAGUUCUUUGAUGGUAUUGUGUGUGUGUGCACAGGCAUCUUCUUGGGAACAGGCAAACAGAAGAUUCCUGCUGUGGCCAACUUCCUUGGAUACUACGGCAUAGCACUUCCAAUCGGCGUUACUUUGACCUUUGUUGCAAAAAUGGGAAUAAUUGGUUUUUGGCUGGGACUACUCAUGUGUGUCAUUGUAUUAUCCACCUUCUACACCAUUGUCAUCUUCAAGCUCAACUGGAAGACAAUUACAGAGGAGGCACGUUCAGCAGCGUCUCAUGAUUUGGACUUAUACUUACACAUUUUGCAUUUAAAACCUAUUGUAAGAUUUUGA